CGAGAGAUGAGAGAGCGUGCGGGAAUGAAGAGAAGCUUCACACGCAAGUUUUAUAAAUAGAGGUCGAAACUAGGGGACGCACGAUUCGCAACUUUUUUAACUGUGUCAGCCAAAACCCAAACUCCGUUUCGAUCACAGAUCGAAGAGAUACCUCUGGUUUCAGUGCUAAAGAUUGUGUUGGUCGUGUUUUUCUCAGAGAAAUGAGUGACCCCAAGUACGGUUAUCCCUAUCCUCCCCCUCAUCAAGGUUAUUAUCAAGGUCCUCCAGUGAUGGCGCCUCCACAAUAUGCUGCUGCUCCACCACCACCCAGAAGACAGGCUGGUUUCCUUGAAGGCAGCCUUGCUGCCUUGUGUUGCUGCUGCCUCAUCGACGAGUGCUGCUGCGACCCCUCCAUCAUCUUCAUCAGCUGAUCAUCAUCAUGCAGAUGCAGUAGUGUCUGUUCUCUGUAAUCAAUAAUAAGGGAUUAUUCCUCUCAUCACAUCAUCCUCAUAACUAUAUAUAGUGUAAUUAUUGCUCCUGGAUUUUCUAUAAUAUAUCAAGAUUCAGUCUCUGUUAUGCUUUGAAUAACUCCGUUUCUACCUCUCUCGGCAGUUGUUUGACAUGGGAAGUCAGAUUCGGAGGAGUGUUGUAGUUGUAAUUAUUUAUCCAAAUGACUCAACAAAUAUUCUCAGUAAUUUUUUUUUCUGGGUUGUAAUUUUAAAAUUUGAUGCGUGUUAAGAUCUCAA